CGUCCAGCUCGGCCCGGCUCCCGCCCAGGCGGCGGCGACGCGACGCCCCGAGCGCCCGCCCCGCCGCCGCGGCCGGCAGUCUCCCCCUGUAGGUUUUGAGUAGCAGGCGGCUCUUCCUUCCCACUGUGAGUCUGCGCUUGGAGCCGUGAACUCCCCUGCUCGCGUCUCUCUGCCCGGUGGGCUUCAGAGCCAUGGCAACGGAGGAGAAGAAGCCAGAGACGGAGGCGGCCAGAGCACAGCCCACCCCUUCCUCCUCGGCCACGCAGAGCAAGCCCACUCCUGUUAAACCAAACUAUGCCCUGAAAUUCACCCUGGCUGGCCACACGAAAGCCGUGUCCUCCGUGAAAUUCAGCCCGAACGGCGAGUGGCUGGCGAGUUCGUCCGCUGAUAAGCUCAUUAAAAUUUGGGGAGCGUAUGACGGAAAGUUUGAGAAAACCAUAUCUGGUCACAAGCUGGGAAUAUCCGAUGUGGCCUGGUCUUCAGAUUCUAAUCUCCUCGUUUCCGCCUCGGAUGAUAAAACCCUAAAGAUAUGGGACGUGAGCUCGGGAAAGUGUCUGAAAACCCUGAAGGGGCACAGUAACUACGUCUUUUGCUGCAACUUCAACCCCCAGUCCAACCUCAUCGUCUCGGGCUCUUUUGACGAAAGCGUGAGGAUAUGGGACGUGAAAACCGGAAAGUGCCUGAAGACUCUGCCUGCCCACUCGGACCCCGUCUCAGCUGUUCAUUUUAAUCGGGAUGGAUCCUUGAUCGUGUCAAGCAGCUACGAUGGUCUCUGCCGGAUCUGGGACACCGCCUCGGGCCAGUGCCUGAAGACCCUGAUCGAUGACGACAACCCACCUGUGUCUUUUGUGAAGUUCUCUCCAAACGGCAAGUACAUCCUGGCUGCGACCUUGGACAACACGCUGAAGCUCUGGGACUACAGCAAAGGGAAGUGCCUGAAGACCUACACCGGCCACAAGAAUGAGAAAUACUGCAUUUUUGCAAAUUUCUCCGUCACUGGUGGGAAGUGGAUCGUGUCUGGUUCCGAGGACAACUUGGUGUACAUUUGGAACCUGCAGACCAAGGAGAUCGUACAGAAACUACAGGGCCACACAGACGUCGUCAUCUCCACGGCCUGCCACCCGACGGAGAACAUCAUCGCCUCGGCCGCGCUGGAGAACGACAAGACCAUUAAGCUCUGGAAGAGCGACUGCUAGGCGCCGCGGGGGCUGGCGGGAAGGCGGCCGGUCGGCGAGCAGCGCGGUGUCUGGAGGGGGCCCCUCCGUCCGGGCCUGGGGGUCGGGAGGGGCCUGGAUGGAGCCACCGCUGAGGACGAUGUGGCGGAGGGGGUGUCUACCACCAGAAGGUUCUACGGGUUGCUGGUGACAUUUCUUGCCGAUCCCUCUCACGCUGUCUGGGGAAGUUUCUGGUCUGUAUUGUGUUCAAACAGAGUCAACACAAAUUUUUAAUUUUUUAUUACAGAAGGGUGAAGUUCAA